AGUUAACAGCAUCCCCUUUAGUCGUCGGGGUCGACGGGACAACAGAAAGAACGUAAACAUAUUCGAUUCUUGUGCAAUCAAAAUGUUCGGCAGGUGAAAGCGGCUUGAAUUUUUCUUGUAAUUAAAGAAAUUGAAGCGAUAAAGUUCGCUUUAAAAUGAUGGCUCUUCGAUUGUUAGUAAAAUGCGGAAAUGUUCCGGCUUUGGGACGUUCCGCUGUUUAUAACUUACAUCAGGCUAACUUGCUAAACCCUUGCCGGCACAGCCCACAAGCAAAUAUUCUCAGGUUUAAUCGCCUAGGGCGCAGCCCUCGAUCCGAGUCGUUUGCCCCUAGACAAACGCUAGUUCCAACGGAGGUCCAGGGUGUCGUGAUAGGUUCUGGCCAUAUUGAUCCCUCGAAGUUGUGGAAAUCGUUCGUGUUCACAAUUGCCUUCAGCGCUGGCAGUUUCAUAGGUGUUACAAUAUGGGAGUACGAAACAAUUAGAUCACGGGCUAUGAACGCUUUGCGUAACAAAUUGAAUUUGCACUGGUUUAAGGAUCGAAUAAAAGCUGGCCGACAGGAGACAGAACAGUGGCGUCGGGACGUCAAUGGCUGGUGGAGUCGCCUGACACCAGGAGAGCGGGUAUUCGUUCCCAUUUGCGCCCUGAACUUAUUAGUUUAUGGGCUCUGGCGGUUGCCCCGAUUACAACCAACGAUGGUGAAAUAUUUCGCCUCGAAUCCAGCAGCAAAAGCCGUCUGCUGGCCAAUGUUUUUGUCCACAUUCAGUCACUAUUCGCUAUUUCACAUCGCAGCUAACAUGUACGUGUUACACAGUUUCAGUAAUGCUGCGGUUGCCACUCUCGGGAGGGAACAAUUUCUCGGUCUGUACCUGAGUGCUGGUGUGAUUGCCUCCUUUGCCAGUCACUUGUUCAAAACGAUUACGCGGCAGCCGGGGCUAUCGCUAGGGGCCUCCGGAGCUAUAAUGGCUAUACUAGCUUACGUUUGCUAUCAGUAUCCGGACACGCAGCUUAGCAUCGUGUUUUUACCCAUGUACACGUUUUCAGCAGGAACGGCUAUCAAAGUAAUAAUGGGAAUCGACCUGACUGGGGUUCUUCUGGGGUGGAAAGUUUUCGAUCACGCUGCUCACUUGGGAGGGGCACUUUUUGGCCUUUUCUGGGCGUUUUACGGUAGCCAGCGCGUGUGGCCGCUGAGGGAACAUUUUAUCGGCUACUGGCACGAGCUACGAGGACCACCGAAAAAAUAAAUAUUUGUAAAACUUGGUUUAUUAUAUUUGUUGAUAUGGCUUCGAGACAAUGCUAAUAUAGUGUUCUGGAUUAAGA